AUUGCAGAUCAUUAUUCCACCUGCAUCAAGUUGUCAACUGAAAAUAAAAUCACCACCAAGAAUGCUUUUGGUCUGCACUUGAUUGAUUUUAUGACUGAAAUUCUCCAAGAAAAAGACUCUGAACUGACCAACUUUAAGGUAGCUGCUGGCACCCUGGAUGCCAGCACCAAGAUCUAUGCUGUUCGAGUAGAUGCUGUCCAUGCUGAUGUGUACAGAGUGCUGGGCGGACUAGGCAAGAAUGCUCCCGCCGAGGGAGCAGAUACUCAGGAGUUAGAUGGAAGCACUGCUAUACCAGGGACCAUCAAAAAAGUUCAGAAACCUAAGAAGAAGCACCAGGGUAAAACUAUUGAACAGAAUCUAAACAAUCUCAAUGUCUCAGAGGCAGAUCGGAAAUAUGAGAUUGAUCCAAUGUUUCAGAAGACGGCUGCCUCAUUUGAUGAGUGUAGCACUGCUGGUGUAUUUCUCUCCAGUCUUCACUGUUCUGACUAUAGGAGUGAGCUCCUUUUUCAUUCUGAUGUCCGGCCUCUCUCUACUGCAGAGUCUCUCAAGUUCCCAGAUUUGGGGUUGGUAGAAGUGGCAGAUUUAAAAACUGCCCUGCUGCAGUGUGUGGAGGAGCGCCAGAUUUGUCCUUCCUUGGCUGAGUUCCAGUUUUCUAAGUGGGACAGUGACGCUCAUACUGAGUCUUUGUCGGUUCUGGUGGAUAAAUUUAAGAAGAGUGAUCAGGUAUUUGAUGUUAAUUCUGAGAUUGAAGAUAGUGAUAGUGAGGACUGUGCCGAUGUGCCUCUUGAAGAUGAUUUUGAUGCAGACAUGCAUGAUCAAACAGCAGGAGGGGAUCAUGAAUUCAGAAGUUGCCAGAAGUCUUCUGAAUUCCAAAAUUCCAGGCAAGAAGUGAUUUCCCUUGGGGAUGGAGACAUUGGAACCAUGUGCCUCCACUUAUCCAUGAAGCCUGGAGAAUAUUCCUAUUUCAGUCCCAGAACCAUGUCUAUGUGGGCCGGGCCUGACCACUGGUGCUUCAAACCCCGUCGCAAACAAGACCCAACUUCUCAAGAAGAGAAGAAAAAGAAGACUGCAAAGAAAGUAUAUGAAAUCAACUUUGAGGAAGAGAUUGAUUUUAAUACACAUUUCCGAAAAACUAGGGCUGCUACUACAUUGGCCAAGUCAACUCUGGACAACCAGAGCAGGAGAGCCACCACCCUUCCUGCUGAUUUCCACUAUGAACUGGAGAACAUUGUCCAGCUGAACCUGAAACCAGGGAACAAGGUGAGGUUGAAGGCAACUUCCCAGAGUGCUUCAUCAGAACAGGAUGAUGAGAUCGAAGAGUAUGAUUACAACAAUCCUAAUGAUACCUCUGAAUUUUGUCCUGCGGUGCCGGCUUCUGACAGUGAUGAUGAUGAUGGCCCUGAUGGAUUAUUUGUGGGAGCAAAUGGGACCCAAUUUGAUUUUACAAUUAAUCCCAACAUUGGAUUUGGAAAUUCACAGAAUAAUGAAGAUGAUGCUGACGUAAAUGGAUUGGAUAAUCCAGUGUAUGGGGAGUUAAAAUUGGUAGCUGAACCACAGAAGGUGAAUAAAAUUGAAAUUCAUUAUGCCAAGACUGCCAAAAAGAUGGACAUGAAGAGAUUAAAGCAGAGUAUGUGGAAUCUGUUGAUUGAUGGCCAGGAGAAAGAAGCAGUUGCAGAGGUAAAUGAAACUGAGCCAAAAAAGAACUUGGACAUAGUGCCAGAUGAGAAGAUUUUCAGUGAUCUCACAAAGGACCUACUAAAGAACCUGCCCCCUCUGAUGGCUCAGAACCUUUCUGUACCUCUGGCAUUUGCCUGUCUCUUACAUUUAGCUAAUGAAAAGAAUUUGACAUUAAAAGUAGUGGAAGACCUUUCUGAUGUUCUUGUAAUGCAAGGAGAUUGAUCAUUCUCUGUAGAGAGAACAGAAGAAGGCCAUUGUCUUUCAGUGCUAAAAGAAAGAGGAAGUCACUUUCUGCUCUUGAUGGAUGGGGAUGUUAUGGACCACAUUUGGUGAUGAGUUCUCAGCAAAUGGUUGAGGUGCAAAUUUGGAUGGACCCUAACCCAGAUGUAAUGUUUUUAUCUUCUUUAUUGUGACAAUUGGUACCUUGAAACAUCUUUUGGGAUAGUGGGGGCUAUCUGCCUUGCAUAUUUCUUUGUAUCGCCAUAUAGGAGAAGAGAGUGGUCAGGGAGGGAGAAAAUGCUAUUUUGGGUUUUAAAACCUCGUGGCAAUUCUUUCUGGUCACUUCUAAGUUGGACCAUUCACGAUUUUAUCAUCUACUAUAUGAGUUCCUACACAAAUUGCAAUUGAAAGUAUUCUUCAUUGGAUUUUUAUUUGAUAAAUUCUGUACAUAAACUUAAAAACAAUUUUAGA